CCUAAUGCGAAGUCGUAGCCGCAGCCUCUCCACACUGGGGAAGGAAAGCGACAGCUGUUGCGCCCAUUACUCGCGGCCUCGGGGCUGCGCGCAUUGUUCGCAGCCGUACCUCCCGGAAGCUGGGCAACCGGAAGCGGAUGCCGUUGCUAGGUGGCGAGCUCAGUCGGCGGAGGCUGCAGCCUUGGCUCGGCCGGUGACAACAUGAGCAAGCGGAAGGCGCCGCAAGAGAACCCCAACGAGGGUAUCACGGACUUCUUGACCGAACUGGCCAACUAUGAGAGGAAUGUGAAUAGAGCCAUCCACAAGUACAAUGCCUACAGGAAAGCUGCAUCUGUAAUAUCCAAGUAUCCCAGCAAGAUAAAAAGCGGGGCUGAAGCAAAGAAACUGGAUGGAGUAGGAGCAAAAAUUGCAGAAAAAAUUGAUGAGUUUUUAUCCACUGGUAAACUACGUAAGCUAGAAAAGAUUCGACAAGAUGAUACAAGCUCUUCUAUCAACUUCCUGACCAGAGUUAGUGGCAUAGGACCUGCUGCCGCCAGGAAGCUUGUAGAUGAAGGAAUUAAGACACUGGAAGAUCUCAAGAAAAAUGAGCAUAAAUUAAACCACCAUCAACGAAUUGGGUUGAAAUAUUUUGAAGAUUUUGAAAAAAGAAUCCCUAGGGAAGAGAUGUUAGAGAUGCAGGAAGUCGUGUUGAAUGAGGUCAAGAAAGUGGACACCAAAUACAUCGCCACAGUGUGCGGCAGUUUCCGCCGAGGUGCUGAAUCCAGUGGGGAUAUGGAUAUCCUCCUGACCCAUCCAGACUACACAUCCGAAUCCUCUAAGCAGCCAAAGCUUUUGCAUCAAGUGGUGGCACAGCUGGAAAACAUCCAUUUCAUUACAGAUACGCUGUCAAAGGGAGACACCAAAUUCAUGGGAGUGUGUCGACUUCCAAACAAAGACGAUAACCCUUUCAGGAGAAUUGAUAUCAGGUUGAUUCCCAAGGAUCAGUAUUACUGCGGAGUCCUGUACUUCACUGGAAGUGACAUAUUUAAUAAGAACAUGCGGACUCAUGCUCUGGAAAUGGGCUUCACUCUCAAUGAAUACACAAUCCGGCCCUUGGGAGUCACAGGGGUUGCUGGAGAGCCCCUCCCGGUGGACAGUGAAAAGGACAUCUUUGAUUACAUCCAGUGGAAAUACCGAGAACCAAAGGAUCGGAGCGAAUAGCUCUGUACAGGCUCCAGGCUCCUUCCAUGGGCCUUGGCAAUUGAGCCUAGGAGCAUAUUUAUUAUGUGGUGCUCUUUCUGAAGGUGUGUGACUGUUUUCAAACAGUUCCAUUCACUUCCAUGUAAAAAGUAGUCUGUCAUUAAAUAGCCAACUAUGAUGUAAUGGUGUGCAUUGUUUUUCUCAGUGUUAAUUUUCCUUUAAAUCAUGCUACCAAGUUUCCAAAAUAAAUUGACACUGAAUCCAAA